UUCUGAAGAUGCCUCACAAGGAAACUUCAGGUGACUUAGGAAAGCCGAAACAAUCGGAGUGCCACCCUGCAGGCGUUUUUCAUUCUAGCUGGCGGGAAGGAGAGAUUAGUCGCCCGAAGAAGAGCCGAUUUGUACCCUCAUGUGCCACCACCCUAAAUGGAAAUGAAAGAAAUUUGGAAGCAAAAGACAGAACUCUACUGCACUAUGAAAAGCAAAAAGAGUUUGAAGAGAGCUAUUGCAGCUGAAGAAAGCAAUGGAACUUCCGAUGUUAAGAAAACAAAAGUCACUCAUCCAUCACAUGGCAUAGUUAGCGGCCAGGUAUUAACCCUUGGACAGGGAGAUGUAGGGCAGCUGGGGCUUGGAGAAGAUGUGAUGGAGAGGAAAAAACCUGCCCUGGUUACCCUUCCUGAGGACAUAGUACAAGCAGCAGCUGGGGGAAUGCACACUGUUUGCCUUGGAGCUUCUGGAAGUAUAUACACCUUUGGGUGCAAUGAUGAGGGUGCACUGGGUCGUGAUACCUCUGAGGAAGGAUCAGAAAUGCAGCCUGACAAGGUGGAGCUUGUAGAAAAAGUGGUGCAGGUGUCUGCAGGAGACAGUCAUACAGCUGCUUUGACAGAAGAUGGCAGAGUGUUUGUCUUUGGAUCAUUUAGGGAUAAUAAUGGUGUUAUUGGAUUACUGGAACCUAUGAAGAAAAGCAUGGUGCCUGUUCAAGUGCAAAUAAAUGCACCAGUAAUGAAAAUCGCCUCUGGUAAUGAUCAUCUUGUAUUGCUUACGGUGGAUGGUGACCUAUACACAUCAGGAUGCGGAGAGCAGGGUCAGCUGGGACGAGUUCCAGAGAGAUUCACCAAUCGGGGAGGGCGCAAAGGGCUAGAAAGACUGUUAGUUCCACAAUGUAUUCACCUGAAGGCAAAGGGAAGCGGGCGUGUGCAUUUCCAGGAUGUGUUUUGUGGGGCAUACUUCACCUUUGCAGUGUCCCAAGAAGGCCAUGUAUAUGGCUUUGGUCUUUCAAAUUACCAUCAGCUUGGAACAAAAACGACUCAAUCCUGCUAUGCACCGCAAAACUUAACCUCCUUUAAAAACUCCACUAAGUCCUGGGUCGGAUUCUCUGGAGGGCAACAUCACACCAUUUGUGUGGAUUCUGAAGGGAAGGCUUAUAGUCUGGGCCGUGCAGAAUAUGGCAGACUUGGUCUUGGAGAAAAUGCAGAAGAACAGAAUGAGCCCACCCCAGUUCCUAACCUGCCGAAGAUUAAAUCUGUAGCAUGUGGAGCAUCUGUCAGCUAUGCUGUGUCUACUGAUGGUGGUGUGUUUGCCUGGGGCAUGGGUACAAACCUGCAGCUAGGUACUGGUGAAGAAGAGGAUGUCUGGAGUCCCGAGCAGAUGACUGGGAAACAACUUGAAGACCGGGAGGUUCUGUCUAUAUCCGGUGGAGGUCAGCACACUGUCCUUUUAGUGAGGAAAAGAAGCUGACCACAUCUACCUGCCAAUAACACUUAUCAACCAAGUCAGCAUGUGUGGAGUGUAGCAUCAUUGCCGCAAUCCUCUCUUUUGCACAACAUAGAAACAUUUUAAUAAGUCCAUAAUAAAUAACAACUUUUGUGGAGCUGUCCCUUCUGGCACCAUUUUGUUCCUGUGUGUCAUCCAACAUAACCAAAAAUGUUUCUGACUUUACCCUCUGCAUGACUCUUGUUUUAUUUCUGAGUCUGUUGCUUUUAAGUCUUAAAUUUUUUUUUUUUUUUUGUGGAACCAUCUCGCCCUCUUCUGGAGGUUUGACUUUUAGCUUCUUUCUCAAGAUCUACUUUUUCUGUUUGGUGAGCAUUGAACUUACAUCUGUAAAAAAUGAAUUUGCAGGCCAAGCACUCCUGCUUUUAUCUCUUCCCCUUUCUCGCUGGCUCACUCCCUUUCCCCAACCUCUAUCUGGGGCUUAUUAUAACUGUUAGAUAAUGAUUUUAUUUUUAAAAACCCUCUCCCAUUACAAACAAAUUGCAUAUUUAUUUUGAAUUGAGCUGUGAUUUUCUGUACAGACAGACAUGUAUUACUCUGGGAAAUUUUUCUGGUUCUUGUAAACAAUAGAGCAAAUCUAUUUUGAUUUUAUGGGGACAUAAAACACAUUUUAUCUGUUUUUGGAAUAAAUUUGUUUUUCAUAAAAUUUAA